AUUCAUUCUAAGCCAAGAGGAGGGAGUAGAUGCGAGUGGCAUAAAGCUAUUUUUCUAACAAGAGCCGAGGGUGUGUAAUGCACAAAUUAUGCGAAUGCUUAUUAAAAUGUUUGCCCCAAUAGCUCCUGAACUGUAACACCCAUUUGAACCUGGUCAUCUUUGCAGACACACGCGGGGAUGUCAUCAACAGCGCCCAGCUCCAGCGACUGCCCGCGUUGCUGCCUCCUUUUCCCUGGGCGCGCGCAUAGCAUCCACCAGCACCUCAACGCUACCGACCCAAACCACCCUGCCGACCCGUUGCGGCGUCAUCACCGGCACUUACAGAAAUACAACUAUCCUCAACCGGCCCCCCUCUACUGCUGAACUACCCAGAGCCUGUGCGACUAUCAGCUGCAGCAUCUCU